CUGUUUCUCUCCCCUCUUCUCAGGAGCCUCUUAAACAAGCCUAAAAGUGAGAUGACUCCGGAGGAGUUGCAGAAGCGGGAAGAGGAGGAGUUCAACACAGGACCCCUUUCUGUCCUCACACAGUCUGUCAAAAACAACACCCAAGUGCUGAUCAAUUGUCGCAACAACAAGAAGCUUCUCGGUCGCGUUAAGGCCUUUGACAGGCACUGCAACAUGGUGUUGGAGAAUGUCAAGGAGAUGUGGACAGAGGUGCCGAAGAGUGGGAAAGGCAAAAAGAAAUCAAAGCCCGUCAACAAGGAUCGCUACAUCUCCAAGAUGUUCUUGCGUGGAGAUUCAGUCAUUGUGGUACUGAGGAACCCUCUUAUUGCUGGAAAGUAAUGAGCUGUUAGGGGUUGCAGAUGAAAG